AGCAGUGCCCCAACGGCCAGAACAAUGGACGCCAGCUACCUGUCGCAACAGGUCAACACCAUCAUAGACCAGCUCCAUGGCUUGUUUGACGAGAUUGGAGUGCCCAGCCACGAGCGCGAGUCGAGAGAGACAGAGCUCUUCUCCGCCUUGUCGGACACUCUGCAAAAGCAGGUCCGCUCCGUAAACUCAGAAAAGAAGGCCAUGGUCGAAGAAGCACAACGAAUCAUCACCAUCAUCCGCCAAAUGGAAGCAUCCCUGGACGAUUCCCAAUCACAUCGCGACUAUUCCUCUGGCGAUGAUCUCAAAAUCACUUACCCUUUAACAAGGUGUCUGCAAGGCCUAAAAGAAAAGCAUCAACAAAUCAGCAAACUGCACAAAGACCGCUUCGAGCAAGUAAAGAAACUCGUCGUCGCCCUCGAAUCUUACUCGUCCCACCUCGAAUCUAGCUUUGUCAAGCUCCGCCUACCGCCUACUGGACCCAACCAGUCAAUACCACCCGACUUUGAUCUGUCUCCUUCUUAUGUGCAAAAACUGGAUGACGAAUUUACCCGCGUUUACGAGGAAUACACGCGCCGUGUUACGACUGUCAAGGCUAUCUGCGAACACAUCAUCUCCCUCUGGGCAGAACUGGGUACCCCGCAAGCUCAGACCGAUGGCGCUAUAGUCAAAUACUACCGCGAUGCCCCUGAGCAGCUUGGACUCCAUGAGGAGGAUAUUGCCCAGCUGCGAUCAAAGCGCGACAAGCUGGCCGAGGAAAAGAAGUCUCGUGAGAAGCGUCUACGGGAUCUCAAAGCGGCCGUCGAAGCGCUAUGGGAAAAGCUCGGCAUCGAGGAGCACGAGCGCAAGAAGUUCCUCAAUGCCAACCGCGGAUGCGGCGUCCGCCAGAUCAACGAGUUCGAGGACGAACUGGGCCGCUUGAAUGAACUCAAACGGCAGAACCUGCACUUGUUCGUGGAAGACGCCCGCUUCAAGCUGCAGGAACUAUGGGAUGCCCUGUAUUUGUGCGAGGACGAGAUGCUGGAGUUCACCCCUGCGUUUUCCGAUGUGUACAGCGAUGCCCUUUUGGAAGCUCACGAGCGCGAAAUUUCCAGGCUGGAAGCACUCAAGGAGCAGCGAGGGCCCAUUCUGACUCUGGUCGAAAGGCACCGGUCUCUGGUUAGUGAGCGGGACGACUUGGCUGCAUCUAGCCAAGAUGCCUCCCGGUUGAUGAUGAAGGGUCAGAAGGGAGAGAGACGCGAUCCAGGGAAGCUGCUCAGGGAGGAGAAGAUGCGCAAAAGGAUCGCCAAGGAGCUACCUAAGAUCACAGCUGAGCUUCGCAAGGGCCUUGAGAAGUGGGAGGACGAAUGGGGCCGUGAUUUCUUGGUUCAUGGCGAGCGGUAUCUUGACAUCAUUGAGGCAUCCGAGUCAAAGCCCGCCGCUCCACCUAGGUCAAAAACGCCAGGCGCGGGAGCUGUUCGAACAGCAGUAUCAACGGUGGGCGCAGCAGCGACAACCAGGCCUGGGACGGCAAUGAAGUCGAACGCCCCGAGUCGCACCAACAGCAGUGCCACCAGGCCUACAACUGCACGACCGCCCUCUCAACAUGCGACCGCCAAGACGCCGACGACAGCCACCUCAGGCACAGGUACACUACGCCGAGCUCCUCAGCCGACCGCCGGGCACACCACAACAUCAAAGGGAAGCCCUUCGCGAAUCCCGGCUAGGGCACCAUUGUCAAACCUGAAGCACGGGAAUAACUCCCCCGAGAGGCCCCGGCCAGAAUCCAGGGGCGAUGCCUUCCGCAAUGCUCCGCCUCUAAUGCGAGCCCCGCCGCCUAAAAUGAGAGACCUCGUUCCUCCGCCGGAAGCCAGGCUGGAAACACCGCCCAGCCCAUACAGGCGAGACGACUUUGGUAUAAGCUCCAACGUCAGGCAGGUCGAGGACGAUGACAUAUAUGACGAUCGCAGCGAGCGGUCACGCCAGCUCCAGGCGCGGACAAAAUCCCAUCAGGACCUUCGCGGGUCGCACGAAUCGUACGAAUCACACACAUCCCGCGACAAGGCCUAUGCGCAGUCGACAUAUGCGCACGCAACUUAUUCGCAUCCGCCCAGGCAGAUUUCAAACACGUCCACGGCCGUGUCUGGGUCUGAAAACUGGGAAACGUACGACGACAACUCGGAGCCCGAGGCGGAUGCGUCCGACAGCUACUAUGAAAAGAUGCGCGCUGCAAGGGGCAAGCGGAUGACACCUGAAAUGGGCUAUGCGCGGCCGCUCGCGAACCAGGCUAAGCGCCCACGCGGACUGCCACCUGGUGCACAUCCAGGUCUGGCGAUGCUGGACCCCGAGGGGACCAGGAUAGUCAGCGGAAGCGAGUGGACCGACGAGGAUGGCUUCUAA